AUGGUGACAACCUGCAGGGAGGAAAGCAGAAAUAUCCAGCAGGGACGUUCUCCUCCAUCAGGGGACGUUCGCCUCCAUCGGGAGACGUUCUCCUCCAUCGGGGGACGUUCGCCUCCAUCAGGGGACGUUCUCCUCCAUCAGGGGACGUUCGCCUCCAUCAGGGGACAUUCUCCUCCAUCACGGGACGUUCGCCUCCAUCGGGGACGUUCGCCUCCAUCGGGGGACGUUCUCCUCCAUCGGGGGACGUUCUCCUCCAUCGGGGGACGUUCGCCUCCAUCAGGGGACGUUCUCCUCCAUCAGGGGACGUUCGCCUCCAUCAGGGGACAUUCUCCUCCAUCACGGGACGUUCGCCUCCAUCGGGGGACGUUCGCCUCCAUCGGGGGACAUUCUACCCCAUCGGGGGACGUUCUACCCCAUCGGGGGACGUUCUCCUCCAUCGGGGGACGUUCUACCCCAUCGGGGGACGUUCUACCCCAUCGGGGGACGUUCUCCUUCAUCGGGGGACGUUCUCCUCCAUCGGGGGACGUUCGCCUCCAUCGGGGGACGUUCGCCUCCAUCGGGGGACGCUCUCCUCCAUCGGGGGACGUUCGCCUCCAUCGGGCGACGUUCGCCUCCAUCGGGGGACGUUCUCCUCCAUCAGGGGACGGGACGUUCUCCUCCAUCAGGGGACAGGACGUUCUCCUCCAUCGGGGGACGUUCGCCUCCAUCGGGGGACGUUCUACCCCAUCGGGGGACGUUCUCCUCCAUCGGGGGACGUUCUACCCCAUCGGGGGACGUUCUACCCCAUCGGGGGGACGUUCUCCCCCAUCGGGGGACGUUCUACCCCAUCGGGGGACGUUCGCCUCCAUCGGGGGACGUUCGCCUCCAUCGGGGGACGUUCGCCUCCAUCGGGGGACGCUCUCCUCCAUCGGGGGACGUUCGCCUCCAUCGGGCGACGUUCGCCUCCAUCGGGCGACGUUCUCCUCCAUCGGGCGACGUUCGCCUCCAUCGGGGGACGUUCUCCUCCAUCGGGGGACGUUCUCCUCCAUCGGGGGACGUUCUCCUCCAUCAGGGGACGGGACGUUCUCCUCCAUCAGGGGACAGGACGUUCUCCUCCAUCGGGGGACGUUCGCCUCCAUCAGGGGACGUUCUCCUCCAUCAGGGGACGUUCGCCUCCAUCGGGGGACGUUCUACCCCAUCGGGGGACGUUCUACCCCAUCGGGGGACGUUCUACCCCAUCAGGGGACGUUCUACCCCAUCGGGGGACGUUCUCCUCCAUCGGGGGACGUUCUACCCCAUCGGGGGACGUUCUCCUCCAUCGGGGGACGUUCUCCUCCAUCGGGGGACGUUCUACCCCAUCGGGGGACGUUCGCCUCCAUCGGGGGACGUUCUCCUCCAUCGGGGGACGUUCGCCUCCAUCGGGCGACGUUCGCCUCCAUCGGGGGACGUUCUCCUCCAUCGGGGGACGUUCUCCUCCAUCGGGGGACGUUCUCCUCCAUCAGGGGACGGGACGUUCUCCUCCAUCAGGGGACAGGACGUUCUCCUCCAUCAGGGGACAGGACGUUCUCCUCCAUCGGGGGACAGGACGUUCUCCUCCAUUGGGGGACGUUCGCCUCCAUCAGGGGACGUUCUCCUCCAUCAGGGGACGUUCUCCUCCAUCAGGGGACGUUCUCCUCCAUCAGGGGACGUUCUCCUCGACGUUCUCCUCCAUCAGGGGACGUUCUCCUCCAUCAGGGGACGUUCUCCUCGACGUUCUCCUCCAUCAGGGGACGUUCUCCUCCAUCAGGGGACGUUCUCCUCGACGUUCUCCUCCAUCAGGGGACGUUCUCCUCCAUCAGGGGACGUUCUCCUCGACGUUCUCCUCCAUCAGGGGACGUUCUCCUCCAUCAGGGGACGUUCUCCUCGACGUUCUCCUCCAUCAGGGGACGUUCUCCUCCAUCAGGGGACGUUCGCCUCGACGUUCUCCUCCAUCAGGGGACGUUCUCCCCCAUCGGGGGACGUUCGCCUCCAUCGGGGGACGCUCUCCUCCAUCGGGGGACGCUCUCCUCCAUCGGGGGACGCUCUCCUCCAUCGGGGGACGUUCGCCUCCAUCGGGGGACGCUCUCCUCCAUCGGGGGACGUUCGCCUCCAUCGGGGGACGUUCGCCUCCAUCGGGGGACGCUCUCCUCCAUCGGGGGACGUUCGCCUCCAUCGGGGGACGUUCUCCUCCAUCGGGGGACGUUCGCCUCCAUCGGGGGACGUUCUCCUCCAUCGGGGGACGUUCGCCUCCAUCGGGGGACGUUCUCCUCCAUCGGGGGACGUUCGCCUCCAUCAGGGGACGUUCGCCUCCAUCAGGGGACGUUCGCCUCCAUCAGGGGACGUUCUCCUCCAUCAGGGGACGUUCGCCUCCAUCGGGGACGUUCUCCUCCAUCAGGGGACGUUCUCCUCCAUCAGGGGACGUUCGCCUCCAUCGGGGACGUUCUCCUCCAUCGGGGGACGUUCGCCUCCAUCGGGGGACGUUCUACCCCAUCGGGGGACGUUCUACCCCAUCGGGGGACGUUCUCCUCCAUCGGGGGACGUUCUACCCCAUCGGGGGACGUUCUCCUCCAUCGGGGGACGUUCUCCUCCAUCGGGGGACGUUCUACCCCAUCGGGGGACGUUCGCCUCCAUCGGGGGACGUUCUCCUCCAUCGGGGGACGUUCGCCUCCAUCGGGGGACGUUCGCCUCCAUCGGGGGACGCUCUCCUCCAUCGGGGGACGUUCGCCUCCAUCGGGCGACGUUCGCCUCCAUCGGGGGACGUUCUCCUCCAUCGGGGGACGUUCUCCUCCAUCGGGGGACGUUCUCCUCCAUCAGGGGACGGGACGUUCUCCUCCAUCAGGGGACAGGACGUUCUCCUCCAUCAGGGGACAGGACGUUCUCCUCCAUCGGGGGACAGGACGUUCUCCUCCAUUGGGGGACGUUCGCCUCCAUCAGGGGACGUUCUCCUCCAUCAGGGGACGUUCUCCUCCAUCAGGGGACGUUCUCCUCCAUCAGGGGACGUUCUCCUCGACGUUCUCCUCCAUCAGGGGACGUUCUCCUCCAUCAGGGGACGUUCUCCUCGACGUUCUCCUCCAUCAGGGGACGUUCUCCUCCAUCAGGGGACGUUCUCCUCGACGUUCUCCUCCAUCAGGGGACGUUCUCCUCCAUCAGGGGACGUUCUCCUCGACGUUCUCCUCCAUCAGGGGACGUUCUCCUCCAUCAGGGGACGUUCUCCUCGACGUUCUCCUCCAUCAGGGGACGUUCUCCUCCAUCAGGGGACGUUCGCCUCGACGUUCUCCUCCAUCAGGGGACGUUCUCCCCCAUCGGGGGACGUUCGCCUCCAUCGGGGGACGCUCUCCUCCAUCGGGGGACGCUCUCCUCCAUCGGGGGACGCUCUCCUCCAUCGGGGGACGUUCGCCUCCAUCGGGGGACGCUCUCCUCCAUCGGGGGACGUUCUCCUCCAUCGGGGGACGUUCUCCUCCAUCGGGGGACGUUCUCCCCCAUCACUUUCAUUUUCUUGUCAGGGAAUAA